AUGACGGGUAGAUUUACUCUCAAAGAUCCCGUUCGCUGUGCUCACUAUGCUCGAUUCUUCAAACAUAUCACAUUGACUGAGGCCAAUAUCAUAUUCUGGUCCUUAUUUAUCUUCGUUCUAGUAUUGAUGUGCAUAUCAUCUAUUCAACAUCACAAAUCCAACAACCUCACCGAACUCCUCAAAACCACCCCCAACUCAUCCCCUAGUCACAAACGACGUAUCCGUCGUCGCCGCAUCCACUACCUCUCCAUCGUAUCCCUCUGUUUCCUCCUAGCCCUCAUCUCCAUCAUCCUCGAAGUCUUCGCCGCUUUCAACAUCGAAUAUUGUGAUGGUGAAGAUCUCAUCCAACUCUACUGGGGUUUCUGGUCGAUCCUCCAAGUCGGGUCCCUCAUCGCCAUCUUGGGCGUCAUGCUUCAAUUCUGGAUUGUGUUGGGGAAUGUACAGACACCGAGCUGGGCGGUGGCGUUGGGGACUCCGGUGUUGGUUUUUGCGGCGUUGGGAUAUAUCUUUAGGCAUAUUGGGAAGAGUUGGAGUUGGAGUUGGAGGAGAGGGAAGAAGGGAGAGGAUACGGAUGUAGAGGAGGGUGGGGUUCAGGGGUCCGGGGAUGAGGAUGGUGGAGAUGGGGAUGCAGAUGAAGAUGGAGAGAUUGAGAAGAGGGGGGGUUGGGCUGAGAGGUGGAUCUCUUGGGCGCCAGAUCAAACUCAGAGGAUGAGGGAGAGUAGGGAGAGUGAUGAUGAUUUGGAUAGGGUGAGGACGAUUAGGUUGGCUGAUAAUUCGGAUUUGGAAUUUACUUCUAGGGCAACAACGAUAUAUACACCGGGACAACCGGGAGAUGUCAGGAGGAGCUCGACGUAUUGA